UCUGUGUGCGGGGCAACUGAGAGAAAAGCUGCUGGUUCCGUUGUAUUCAGUGUCACUGUCAGUUUAACUUCCUUCCUGCUUUUCUGUAGCUUACAUUAAACAAACAUACGCGGAGACGAGGUGUUGAAGAACUCAUGGGAGUACGACCAAUAAGAUCUAACAUGGACCAGAAGAAAAAGACAAACGUAAAUUCGGAACUUUUCUUGCGAUAGUAAGAAGCUCUUCUGUGGAAUGUGUUGAACAGCGUUGUCUCUGCCUGGAUCUUUCCGUCGUUUACAGAUGUUUUCUCCUCUGGAUCAAUCGCCAGUUGACUUGGUAAAGCUGACAGCAGCAGACGGUGAUUGUUGAAGUCCCAAAAGGUUUAGGCUACUUUACUCUUGCCGAGACGUUGCGUCUGCCACAUUAAUAGAGGACUGAGCUGAUCUUCCUUGACCACUGCCCUGCCCAGUGAUAUGGUGGCAUUCACGAGUGGGUGGACCAUUCCGGACCGGGCCUAAAUGGGCGCUCACACCGCGGGAGCCAGCCUUGCACUAUGGCUGCAUGCACCCUGAACGGCCUUGUGAUGAUGAACGCCAACAACAUGAAAGGUGAGAGCAGCCCUCGCACGGGGCGGCCCGUGCUGCCCGUGCCUGACCGCUCUACCUACUGCCCCCUGCUGGAUUUACCUUACAGCCCGGGCAGUGCCAGUCCCGGCUCGCCCGGAGCGCCCCCGUCCUUUGUGUUCCCGCCGGUGGCGAGCCCCAGUGUGUCUCGCGCUCGGUCGCCCUGCCGGAACCCGGACACCCUGGGCGUCAACGUGGGAAGCCGGGUCCGGCGCCUGAGCAGCGGGCGGUUUGGCAGUGACGAGGACGACGGCGGCGGCAGCGGUGACGGUGCGCCCAACGGCGAGAUCAAACGCACGGUGCAGAUCGUGCAGAUCCACCGCGAGCUCCAGAACGUGGAGGUGAACAAAAAGGUGGGCCUGUUCGAGGCACAGAUCUCCGGCCUGCGUGCCCAGGUGCAGAGCGCCGAGAUCCAGCGAAGCCCCAGGGCUCCGCGGCGGACCGGCCCCAGCCCUGGCCCUGGGCCAGGCCCCUCCCCUGCCUCCCCCCUGGGGAAGCCCUGCCCAGGGGGAGUCCUGGCCCACCUCUGGAGGGACUGCCCUCCCAGUGUUCCCAACCAGCUCCAGAAUGGGAGAGGAUGUCGCAGCCCAGAGAGAGUAAUAACAGCAGGAGCACAACCACCAGCAGCAGGAGCAGCAGCAGCAACAGCAGCAACAGUGAAUGACAUAAAAAGAAACGAGGACAGGAACAGCUUGACAGCCACUGACCCAAAUACGGAACGGGGUGUUGGUGGUGUUGGUGGUGGAGCGCAGCACGUGAACAAACCAGCCGGGACUUGGACAGACUCUGACGGCUCGGGCAAACAUGCUCAGGCCAUAAGCUCUCUGCUGGGGGUUGGUAGAGACUUGGCCGCCGAGUGCGAGGGUCUGCCGACGGCGGCGACAGCGCCGGCCAAGACGCUGCUGCCAACACAGGAGCGAGGCGUGCCAACGGACGUCCAGGUGCAGGCCGGUGGCGGGGCCCGGUCCGGCGGGCCCAGCGGGGAAGGGGGCGGCCUGGAGCUCGGCACCAUCCCGGCCGUCAUCGUGACAGACCACGGAAUGGAGGCCGCUGGCGGGGAGGGUGAUGCCGAGCCCCAACCUCAGCCCAGUCCUGUCUCCAACCGGGCCCUGCGGAAGCUCUCCUCCUCCUCGGCUUCGUCCACGGGCUUCUCCUCGUCCUGGGAGGAAUCGGAGGACGACAUCUCCAGCGACCCAGAGCGGGUGGAGGGCCUCUCACCUGCCUUACUCCAGACCCAGCAGAAAGCGCAUAAAUCAUGGAAGAAGAUCAAGAACAUGGUGCACUGGUCUCCAUUUGUGAUGUCCUUCAAGAAGAAGUACCCUUGGAUCCAGCUGGCUGGCCAUGCAGGCAGCUUCAAGGCGGGGGCGAACGGGCACAUCCUGAAGAAGCAUUGUGAGUGUGAGCAGCGCUGUCUGGACUGGUUGAUGAGGGACGUGCUCAAGCCCUUUGUACCCGCCUACCAUGGCGACGUGGAGAAGGACGGCGAGAAGUACAAUCAGAUGGACGACCUGCUGGCCGAGUUCGACCUGCCCUGCGUCAUGGACUGCAAGAUGGGGAUCAGGACGUACCUGGAGGAGGAGCUGACCAAGGCCCGCAAGAAGCCCAGCCUGCGGAGUGACAUGUACCAGAAGAUGAUCGAGGUGGACCCUACGGCACCGACAGUUGAAGAGAACGAAAAGAAGGCCGUCACCAAGCCGCGCUACAUGCAGUGGCGGGAGACCAUCAGCUCCACAGCCACGCUCGGCUUCCGCAUAGAGGGCAUCAAGAAGGAAGAUGGAACGGUAAACAGAGACUUUAAAAAGACCAAGAGCCGGGAGCAAGUGACAGAGGCAUUCCACGACUUUGUCAAAGGAAACAAGAACAUCCUGACCUCUUAUCUCAGCAGACUAAAGGCCAUCAGGGACACUCUGGAAACAUCAGCAUUUUUCAAGACACACGAGGUGAUCGGGAGCUCGCUUCUCUUUGUCCACGACAAACGCGAGCAGGCCAAGGUGUGGAUGAUCGACUUUGGCAAGACCACGGCGCUGCCGGAGGGACAGAUCCUGAGCCACCGGGCCACCUGGGCAGAGGGCAAUCGCGAGGACGGCUACCUCUACGGCCUCGACCACCUGAUAGACAUUCUCGAGGACAUGGUGUUACAGGAGCCCCUCUAGAAAACAACACAAGCUUGAAAGAAAUGAGAAAGAAAGAUAGAGAAAGAAAGAAAGAAAGAAAGAAAGAAAGAAAAAGAGAGUUGAGGAGCCCCUCUUCCUUCUCCCGGGUUGGGUUGAAGGGGUUGGGGGAACUCACACUACAGGAUGUCCUGUUUUUCCUUCGAAAAGCUAUCCUCCAACCCUUCCCAAAAAUAUGAGACAAAAAAAUCAACAAAAUGAAACGGGGAAAAAAAAAACAACCAAACGACAGACACUCAAGUGAAAUGUGAAGACUGUUUCCUUAUAGUUCGGUAAUCUUUUAAAGGUUGACUUUCCGUUGCAGUAGGUUUUUUGUAGCCAGUGUCCUCAUAAGCCUAUAGGGAGAUGUACCGCAGGGAUCUACCUAAUUUAUCUUUAUUCUAUCAUAGUGUUACCUAACAGUGUCAAGCACUUAAAUCUCACAUUAACGUUCCACAAUUACAUUUUCGAUUUGAACAUGCGACUUUACAACACUUGUUACCCGUGGUAAAAGUGGGGAUGUAAUGAAAACAUUUCACCUCGCUGUUCCAGGCAGUUAAAUUUAGCACAAAUCGGUUUCCUGUCCAGCAACUUUGUCAAGUGUCCUUUAAGGUUAGGAUGGAUUUAAGAUGUGCUAGUGUAAUAGUGAAUCUAUCCCUCCAUUACAUUUUAAUCGUUAUCUUUAACAUAGAUUAACCUCUCCAAUAAUGUUUACCGUUUUAGCCUUAAUGUGAUCAUAAAUUCUUUUAUCAUGUGCCUUUGGUCAUAUAUAUGCUUUUUAUAGUGUACUAUAAGAAUGUAGCAUCAAGUGGUCUUAUGAAGGUGGUAAAUGACUUAUUUUAUUUACCGCUAGUAAAGCUCCAAAAUCAACAUUCCUUUUCAGUGAGGAUCUCCCUGAGGUAGCUCUCAGUGUACAGAGGGAGGAAGAGUCUUUCAAGAAGUGAUUCAUGGCCAAGUAGAAGUAGACAUGUCCCACUUUAUAUUUAAUGUCCUUAGGUACUGUGUACUGAAUUGUUUAUCGAUAGUAGUAAUUGAUAGUAUGUAAUGAACUAUAGUGUUACCUAAUUUAUAGUGUGGAAUAUACUAUAGCAUUUAGUACAUGUUGCUGUAAGAUACUUAGAACUGGGGUUUAUGGUAUGGCUAUGUGUACUUACAAGGUAUUAUUUCUUACCUCCAGUACACUGUUAUAAGGACAUGUGAUAUAAAAUAGGACUGAGACAUUUUAUAUUACAGUUAUAAUGGCAAGUGCCUUUUGAAUUUCCGAGUGUCUGUUACAGUCCAUCUUAAGUGGCCAUCUAGAACUUUCUAAACAUGUCCACUUUCCGCUGUCUCAGGUGCAUGUAUAGCCAGAGCGGUCAGCUAAACUGUGUUGACGUUUUUGGAAGCGACCUAAAACAUCCCUCCAAGGACCAUAUUAGUGUCCAAAAUCCUGGUUGUGUUCUCUGUUAAACACAAUGCAAUAAUGCCUUAACUUAACUUGCUAUGACCUCCCCCUGCCCCAACACAUACACACACAAACACACACCCUCUCUCUCACACACACACACACACACACACACACACACACAUACCAUAUCCUGUCAUUUAAGGAUGCUGGCUAGUGUGUUUUGUUUGAAGCAGGUGCUUAUUGUUUGCAUGGGAUAUUUGCCAUGCAAAUCUGCCUUUUCAACACGGUCCUUCACAUUGAUAUCAGGUCCCCGCGAAACAAACUGCAGGAGAUAGUCCACCGACUCUAACAAGGCCAGACAGUAAACAUUCCCUAAUAUCCCGCAAUAGCUUUGCAUUCAAUCAGUGUUUCCACAUAGAUACUUCUAAUAGUGGACAAUGACUUAACAGGAACAAAUGUGACUCAACACAGUGCAAUAAUCAAGCCUCUGGUAAGUCAAUUGUGCACAUUUGUGUGCACAUAUUGAAGAGAAACCUCUUGUUUGUACACAAGCAUCACUUCUCUGUUCAUUGCUUAUGUGUGGAACUCUUAUUAUUGGCGAGAACGAGUUACCUAAAGGGCUUCGUAAACUUGAAGUAGGAACUGAGAGACAGGUUAGCAGGUACAGCAAGUGAGUUCCCAAAGAAAGUGGUCAGUUCUCUAAAAUAAAAAUAAAAUCCAACCUACACAGACAGGACAAAGCUUUUGCAAUUUUACAAACCACAGUGUCCCUUUGCCCUCAGUCCGUGUCCGAGGGGGCAUAUGCAAGAAGGCAGACUACAAACCAGUUUUUGGAUUCUAGUUUGACAGAUUCUCAUGCUGUUUUGCUGUUCAAGUCAUGUCUGUUUGAAGACAAAAUACUCUCACUUAAAAAGAGAUUUUAACACUUUCAAAAUGACACUGUUGAGUAGAUGCAGCUUGUGAACUUCCUGUAGCUUGUGGUGUUUGAGAAAGUGAACACUUGAGAGUGAGUCGCCCUCUGCUGUCCUGGUGCUGUUAUUACACUGAACAAACUAGAAGAAAAGAUGUUGAAAGCUCUUAAUCCCCUCACUCCAUAAUGGUUUCCUCCUUUGAUCACAGUAUGUGAGACCUUCAGUUACAGCCUCUUUUUUUUAGGGUUUCAAAAUGAAUAAUCAUAUUUAUUUCCUUUACAUUUGUAACAGUUGCACAAGAACACUAAAUGUAGCUACAUGUUUACAUGUCUACAAUUGGCUUCAAAUUCCUCUGACGUGAGCAUUUAGUGGUUUGUUGUAAUAUAGUACUCAUUUGCAGGUUCAUGUAAGACGACAAAAAAGUGCACCUUAUAGACUAGUGGAACUUUCUUGUGGUCCAGGUUGCCGGCAAGCAAAUCACAGCUGUCUUUGUCUCUGGGCGAUGAUGGUUGACGUGUGCCGGUGUGCGUGUGGUCUGCUCUUUGGAGAUGGCAAAUGUCGGAAUGACAUUUGUCUGUUUUGCGCUGGGAGAUUGUGGGUUGGUGACACUUCAGAGAUGUAAUAAGAGGCUCACCAUGUGCAAGGUCAAGAUUCGUUUGCCUUUACACCAGUACUCAUGGACCAGUACUCAUGUAAAUCCUGCUAUGUCAAUACUGCAAUGUGCUAUGCUUGGCUGUACAGUUUUACUGAAGUAAAAAUUGAACAGUGGCUGCAAUGAGACUGA